CAGACUCUAUUAGUUAGAAAACUUGCUCUUUUUCAUGUUCAUAUUUGCAAAAACUCUGAUGAACAUAAAUGUACAGUUCUUCCAUCUGAUACUGAACAUAAUUUCCAAAAUCUCUUUACAUAUUACUUUGAUCAAUCCUUUAAAAAAUUCACUGCUCCUGUCUCUGACAAAUCAAAUAAUGAAUAUCUAGCCUCAUUCAAAAUUCCAACUCCAAUUAAAUUUCUUCAUAAACUUGCUAAUUCUGCUGAAAAACAAUUCAUAGAAAUCAACAAAACCGAUCAUAAUAUUAAUCGUCAAACCUACUACUUUUAUGAAUACUUUAAAGCUUUUCUUCAAGUAGCAGCUUAA